AUGUCCAACGGAGUCGCAUCGAGCACGGCGUACGGACGCUCAGCCCACGCAGGGCUAGGCAAGGGCUUUCCAUCCACCCCAGAAACCCCCAGCGCGGCCUUCCUCUCCCUCGACGAGCCAGGUACCGGUCUAUCUCCUCAGCAAGGCUCCAACGGAGGUCCAAGCGGCGGGUACGCCUACUCGACCACUCUGCGGCGCCAGGCCUCAUCCGACCACUUUCAGCUCCUCGGCCGCUCGUCUAGUCCUCACGCCUCGUCUUCUUCCAGUCUGUCUCCAUACCGGAAACGGACAGGCAGUACGGGUCCUGGGGAAUAUCAGCCAGAUAAUCCCUAUGCGUACGCCAACUCGCCGAGCGUGCCGAGGCCUAGUGGAAGUGGAGGGGAGGAGGGAUUACUGGACAGAGUGCUGAGAGCAGGGAGGAGAUUGGUCGGCGCGUCAGGAGGCUACGAGGCGGUUGUAGACUCGGCGGAGGAAGAGGCGCGAACACGAGCGGAGACGGAAAGGAGACAGCGGGAGACGCCAAGCGCGAUAUACGCACAUAAGAGCGUAGAGGACACUAUCAAAGCCUUCUCCACUGACCCCACCUCUGGCCUGUCCAACACCCAAUUACCAGCGCUACUCGCUCGGUACGGCGCCAACGAGUUCUCCGUACCCCCCUCCGAACCCCUCGCCCUAAAAUUCGCAAAGCAGGUGUAUGAGAACCCGCUCAUCCUGUUAUUGCUGGGAAGUAGUGUGGUGUCCGCGUUAUUGGGAAGCUAUGAUGAUGCCAUCUGUGUGGUCAUCGCUGUUGCUAUCGUUCUCACUGUCGGCUUUGUCCAGGAGCAGCGCUCAGAAAAGUCAUUAGAAGCUCUCAACAAGCUGGUACCCCAUUACUGCCACCUAGUCCGCAACUCUCAGCAGAUUUCUCCCCUAGCCAACACCCUCCUCCCAGGUGACCUCGUUACUUUCUCAGUAGGCGACCGCGUUCCCGCCGACGUCCGGCUCAUCUCUGCUAUUGGGUUGGAGAUUGACGAGUCGGCCUUGACGGGCGAGACGCGGCCGUCGAGGAAGAGAGUGGAAGAAUGUGUCAGUGGCGUAGGGGAGGAUACGCAUGGGGAGGGUGGAGGAAAGGGGCUCGGAGAAAGGCGAUGUGUGGGCUUCAUGGGCACCUUGGUCCGGAGUGGUCAUGGGAGCGGUAUCGUCGUCGCAACCGGGACUGAUACCGAGUUCGGCGUGAUCUUCUCGAUGAUGCAGGAUGUGGAAGAAAAACGGACGCCGCUGCAAAUGGCAAUGGAUGACCUGGCGAAACGACUUUCCAUCUUCUCGUUCGGCGUGAUCGGCGUGAUCAUUAUCAUUGGGGUUUGGCAAAAGCGGGGCUGGCUCGAGAUGUUCACAAUAGGAGUGUCACUAGCUGUCGCUGCUAUUCCAGAAGGAUUGCCCAUUGUCACUACCGUCACUCUUGCCCUCGGCGUCUUACGGAUGUCGAAGCGAAAAGCGAUCGUCAAGAAGCUGCAUAGUGUCGAGGCGCUCGGGAGCGUCAGCGUGAUCUGCUCGGACAAGACUGGAACCCUCACGACAAACGAAAUGACCGUAACGCACCUCUACGCCGUCGAUGAUCUCAUGGACCUCACACCUCACGUCAACAAAGACCCCUUCGCCCCCCGCCAUCCCGACCAUCCCGCAUUCACUCCCUCCCACGCCAUGCUCAAGACCGCCACCAUCGGCAGCGUCUGCAAUAACGCCUUUCGGAACGAGACUGGCCUCAACGUCGGUCAAGCCACCGAGGUCGCCCUUCUCAACGUCCUCCCCCUUCUCCAGCGGGAGGAUGAGCGGAAAAACUUCACUCGCAAGUCGGAAUGCCCCUUCAGCUCGGAAAACAAAUUCAUGGCCGUCACUGGCUCGAUGAAUGGCGGGGCGGACAUGGUGUACCUCAAGGGUGCGCCAGAGGCUGUACUCGCCCGGUGUCGGUACUACUACGUCACGGACAGCUCGACGCCUUCGCUUGAUCCCGCGACGCAAAAGUUGAUUCUGGAGCGGACGAAGGAGGUGUCGAAGCGCGGAUUGAGGGUGAUUGCCAUGGCGUAUGGGUUCCCCUCGGCGCCGAAUGGCAAGGCGGCCUCGGUCAACGGCGGAGUGGAGGAUCCUGGGAAUGAUCUGAUCUUUGUCGGAUUCGAAGCCAUGAUGGAUCCCCCCCGGAAAGGGGUCGCUCAUGCGGUCUCGGCGCUGCAUGGCGCCGGCGUCCAAGUGGUCAUGAUCACCGGAGACGCCGAGGCUACAGCCCUCGCCAUCGCUCGUGAACUCGGUCUCAAGGUCAAUCCCUCCCACUCCCACUCGGCGCACUCGGCUCUCACCAGCUGUAUGCUCGGCACGCAAAUCGACCAGCUCUCCGAGCGGGAACUCAUCGAGCGCGUACCAAACGUCACGGUCUUUGCGCGCACCACGCCUCGGCACAAGAUGGCUAUCGUCAAGGCGUGGCAGAUGCGUGGUGCGGUGGUCGCCAUGACCGGUGACGGCGUAAACGACUCGCCCGCCCUCAAAAUGGCGGAUAUCGGUAUCUCGAUGGGCAAGUCGGGUACCGACGUCGCCAAGGAAGCGGCGGACGUCAUUCUCGUCGACGACGACUUUAGCUCCAUCCUCCCUGCUGUCGAAGAAGGCAAAUCCAUCUUUUACAAUAUCCAAAACUUCCUCUCCUUCCAGCUAUCCACCGCCGUCGCCGCCCUCUCCCUCAUCACCAUCAGCACUCUCUUCGAGCUCGCGAAUCCCCUCAACGCCAUGCAGAUCCUGUUCAUCAAUAUUCUCAUGGACGGUCCGCCGGCCCAGGCGUUGGGAGUCGACCCGGUGGAUAGGGAGAUUAUGAAGCGGCCGCCGAGAAAGAAGAAUGAGCAGAUCCUCAGCAGCAGGUUGAUGAUGCGUAUUGGGUUCUCGGCGGCGAUGAUCGUGCUGGGGACGUUGUUUGUGUAUGUGUACGAGAUGGGGGACGGCAUCACAAGAAGAGAUCAGACCAUGACCUUUACCUGCUUCGUCUUCCUCGAUCUCGUCUCGGCAUUACAGAAUCGUGGCCUCACCUGCGCCAUGUUCCGGAACCGCAUGCUCUCGCUCACCGUCGGCGUCUCGUUUGUCGCCCAACUCGCUCUCGUCUACGUCCCGAUACUGCAACAUGUCUUCCAGACCGAAGCUCUGAGCUUGCGGGAUCUGCUCACGCUCUUGGGACUGGCGGGGACGAGCAUGGUCGCGCACGAGGGGAGAAGAUGGUGGGAGCGGAAGAUGGGUGCGGAUGAGGUGUGGGUCAGAGGCGCAGGCGUAGUAUGA